AUGACCUGUACACAGGAUGUGACCAUGAUGGCAGCUGCAUUGCUGAUUCUUUGGGGGAUCACAGUGACAUUGCAAGCAGAUUUACUUGCUGAUAAAAAAUUUUUACUUCUUCCACCUGUCAAUUUCACCAUUAAGAUUACUGGUUUAGCUCAAGUUCUUCUCCACUGGGAGCCAAAUCCUCAUCAAGAGCAAAGGAAUGCUAUUCUCGGCUAUGCGGUGAGAAUAAAUGCACCUGAAGAAGAUGACUACGAAACCAGGGACACUGAGAGCCAAUGUGUGACAGUCCUUCACAAGGGCUUCUCAGCGAGUGUGCAGACCAUCUAUUGGGACGAACACUCACUCCCUGCCAGCAGCUGGGUUUCUGCAGAACUGAAAGACCCACCAGGAUCUCCCGGAACCUCAAUUCUGAAUUUAACUUGUAUCACAAAUACCAUAGCCAAAAUGCACUUACGGCCAUUUGAAGUGUCUCUUCAUUGCACCUGGCUUGUUGGCCUAGAUGCCCCUGAGGAUACUCAGUAUUUCCUCUACUAUAGGUAUGGGUCUUGGACUGAAGAAUGCCAAGAAUACAGCCAAGACAUAUUGAAGAGAAAUAUUGCAUGCUGGUUUCCAAGGACUUCUAUUGAUAGCACAGGGCUCCAGAGGCUUGUGGUGCAUGUUAAUGGCUCAAGCAGGCAUGCCACAAUCAAACCAUAUGACCAAAUCUUUCAUCUUCAUGCCAUUGAUGAAGUAAACCCUCCAAUGAAUGUCACAGCAGAAAUUAAAGGAACUUCUCUCUGCAUCCAAUGGGAGAAGCCGGUUUCCGGCUUUCCAACCCACUGCUUUAAUUAUGAAGUCAAGAUUCACAACACAAGGAAGAGUUCUGUUCUGAUAGGAGCGAUUAAGACCAAUUCAUUCAUCUCAAUAAUUGAUGACAUUUCUAAGUAUUCCGUUCAAGUGAGAGCAGCUGUGAGCGCUGCGUGCAGGAAAAAUGGGCAGUGGAGCAAGUGGAGUCAACCUAUUUAUAUGGGAAAUGAUGGGCUGAAAAUCGCAAUAGAAUGGUUUAUCAUUCUGCUGAUGGCAGCCAUAGUCUUCAUCUUGCUAAUUCUCUUGCUCAUCUGCAGAACUUGUCACUUAUGGACCAAGUUGUUUCCACCAGUUCCAGCACCUAAAAACAACCUUCAGGAGCUCUUUGUAAGCCCCAACUCUGAGAAAGCUGGUUCCAAUGAAACAGAAGUUGAAGUCAUAAGUUUUGUGGAAGAACACGGAUUUGAGAUUCUGGAAGAUUCUGUGUUUUGA